GAUAAUCUCAGGGGAAGUUGGUGAAUAUCAGGGUUGAGACGAGAGGAAUAUUUUACUCCAGAGGAUUGUAGGUCUUUUGAAAUUCCUUUCAACAGAGUAAUCGUUGAGCAUACUCGAGAUUAAGAUCCGUAAAAUAAUAUUAAGAUCUCUGGAGAAAUGGAAUGGGCGACGUUUCAGGUCGAGACCCUUCUUCAGACUGAUCAUUGAUUAUGUACUUCUGUUUCUUGUUUUACUUUCUAAAUUAAUUUACCCAGUUUCUGCAAUUGUCACCAGUCUGCUUCCUUGAUGUUAAAACUUCCUGAUGUUUACUCUAAGCUAUGUGACAAGACAUAAUGUUGUGUUAUCAUCAUAUUAGUUUGAAAUGUGAAGUACUCAAAGUGAUCGAUUUGUAUCACAAAGCUGUACCUAAUCGUUGGUCAAUUUGAGCACAUGUCAUUGUUAGAGCUGCUCCCAUAUACUUCCUCGUUAGAAUAGCUUGACAUUUAUCCAGGUUAGCGCAAGAAACUGGCAGAACAAUGAGAUAUUUAAGAUGAAAUGUACUUUGUUGUUUCACUAAUCAGUGGAUAUGCUCGAGAACUUUAUAGUCGAUACGUCCGAGACCAGGACAGUUCAGUUGUGAACAAAAUGCAACAGAGAUACUGGAAAACAAAGCAAAGCCUUAUCAAGGUCACUGGGAAGAAAGAAGAUGCACAUGUCGUGGCAUCAGAUGCAGACCUGGAUGCUAAAUUAGAGGUAUUCCAUUCCAUUCAAAGAACAUGUAUGGAACUUCUGAAGGUCAUCGAACAGUAUCAGAAACGGAUUUGUUUUUUGUCUCAGGAAGAAAAUGAAUUGGGCCGAUUUCUCAGAUCCCAGGGUUCACAGGAUAAAACCAGAGCAGGAAAAAUGAUGCAAGCAACUGGAAAGGCACUAUGCUUCUCCUCGCAACAAAGACUAGCACUCCGUAGUCCUUUAUGUCGACUGUACCAGGAAGUGGAAACAUUCAGGUACCGUGCCAUUUCUGACACCUGGCUGACCGUGAAUAGAAUGGAACAGUCUCGCACAGAAUACCGGGGAGCAUUACUGUGGAUGAAAGAUAUUUCUCAGGAGCUGGAUCCUGAUAUGUAUAAGCAUCUUGAAAAGUUUAGGAAGGUUCAAGGUCAAGUUCGUCAUACGAAGAUUCACUUUGACAAAAUAAAGAAUGACGUGUGCCAGAAAGUAGACUUACUUGGAGCAAGUCGUUGCAAUCUUCUUUCACACAUUUUAGCAACUUAUCAGACGACAUUACUGCAUUUUUGGGAAAAGACAUCCCACACCAUGGCAGCUAUUCAUGAAAGUUUCAAAGGAUACCAACCAUACGAGUUUGCAAUGUUGAAGAUUUUACAAGGACCUGUAAAUAAAUUGUUGGAACAGGUAUCACAAGACGACAAUAAUGCAAAGAAUAAUGCAACAAAGGACGCAUCUGAUAAAGAUGAUGAGCUUAUCUCAUUGAACGAAGAUAAGGGAAACAAGGAAUCUGACAGUUCAGAUACUUCUCUGUCUCCUGCAAUGGGAAACAAUACCUUUUCAACUUUGGAACCAAUAUCUUCAAAUAAUCAGCAUAAAUCAGAAUCCAUAGAUGAUUUGUUAGAUUUGAAAAAGGAAGAAAAGGCAACACUGUCUCUGAGUGCUCCAACAGAACUACUAAUCAACUCCAUGGAACCACAAACAAAUGACAAGGAUGAAAUGGCUUUGCUGAAUGAAAUACUAAAUGGGACAUCACUGGAAGAGGGUGACUUCGGCAGGGAAUGGCAAGCAGUAUUUGGAGAAGACCUGAGUUCACCCAACAAUCUAAUGGCUGGUGAAUCGGACCAAUCUCCCUCUCCUUCAGGCUUCCUUCCUUCUCAACUGUUUGACAAAAGCUUAGGAGAUGCAUCAUUUUCAGUUACAGGCUGGACAGCAGCUGGUCUCAGUCUUCAACCUACAUCUCAAUCAAAAGAGCACCAAAAUGGAUUCAUUGACAAUAUGAGUAAAAAUCCAUUUAAAGCUACUCAGAAAAAUUCAACUGACCUGACGACAUGGUUUAACCUUUUUGCUGACUUGGAUCCAUUGUCAAACCCAGAUGCUAUUGGACGAACUGAUAAGGAGCAUGAACUCCUCAAUGCAUGACACACACUUGGACAAGCUGUAAUCAUAACUAUAACAUUGUAAUCUUUGGUAAAUCUAUUGAAUGCU